AGCCCAAAAUUGAUGCAAAAUUUUAGUGUCCAUGCAAAGCGCACCUUUUUUUCUUCCCAUUUCUCAUCGAUUCUCAUCCUUCCUUCCUUCAUCAUCUCUCUCUCUCAAGCUCUCAACUCCUUUUUGUUAAAAAAUUUAAUUACACAAUCAAAAAGCACAAACCCUAAUCAUCAGCAUUAACAGUAGCAAGAUCUCUCUCUCUCUGUUCGCAUUCUCUCUAGGUAGCUAGAUACAUACAUAGAUCUAUGCAACUCUCGUGAAAUCUUGGAUGAUGAGAACCGACCGAACUUACUCUUAAUUUGAUCCGUUGAUUGGUUGUGCUGCUAAUGGCGUCGAUCUUGAUUGAUAAUGGCUCCCCGAGCCCUUGGCAUUUCUUCGUCGCUCUUUCCUUCUCUUUCGGUUUCGUUGUUGCUAGAUUCUUCCUCGACAAGUUCAUCUUUCGUAGGCUGGCAAUUUGGUUUGUGCACAAGAAAAAAGGACCUUUGAAGAAGAUUGAUGAGGCUACGCAGGCAACUAUUGCAAAAUGCACCGAGUCAAUGUGGAAGCUAACAUACUAUGCUACUGUUGAAUUUUGUGUUCUCUAUAUUAACUACAAUGAACCUUGGUUUACUGAUACUAAACAAUACUUCAAUGGAUGGCCCAAUCAAGAAUUAAAGAUUUCACUGAAGCUUUUCUACAUGUGUCAAUGUGGGUUCUACAUGUACAGUAUUGCUGCUCUCCUUUUGUGGGAAACUAGAAGGAAGGAUUUUGCUGUGAUGAUGUCCCAUCAUGUAAUCACAGUUUUACUGAUUGGAUACUCUUACAUUACAAGUUUUUUCCGCAUAGGCUCAAUUAUCCUUGCCUUGCAUGAUGCAAGUGAUGUAUUUCUAGAAGCUGCAAAAGUUUUUAAAUAUUCUGGGAAGGAGCUUGGAGCUAGCAUUUUCUUUGGAAUGUUUGCUGUCUCGUGGCUCAUAUUACGACUAAUAUUCUUUCCCUUUUGGGUAAUCAAGGCUUCAAGCAAUGAUAUUGUGGACUAUUUGGAUUUGACAUUGCCCUACCCCACGUCACUGUACUAUGUUUUCAAUACAAUGCUGCUGAUGCUACUUGUCUUCCACAUUUACUGGUGGGUUCUGAUAUACUCAAUGAUAAUGAGGCAGCUGAGAAAUAGAGGAAGAGUGGGGGAAGAUAUAAGAUCUGAUUCAGAAGAUGAUGAAUAGGUGGAAGAUUUUGUUCGACUUCUUUUGUUCGGUGAUGGCUCUCAGAAGAUUAAUUCAACAUGUCUCUGUAGGUUUUGUCUAUUCAUUUGAUUGGUUAUCACCAACAUGGUGAAUACUUACUUUGGUUUCAAUAGUUAAUUUUGUUUCCAUGGUGUAGAUGAAAGGAGGUAGGACCAUCAAGUGUUGCCUUUCGAUAUAUCUUUUGGUGUAUAAAUAAUAGGAAAUCUUGUAUAAUUGUUCACUCUUUGAUAAACCCUUGUUUUGAGAUAAGUCCAUAUAUUUGGGGAAAUGGAAAGUGAAAAAAGAAAAAAAAAAAAAGAGGAGAAAAGAAAAAAGAAAGAAGCUUUCAUCUUGCAA